AUGCACCUUCUGCUGGUGUCUCUUCUCAUUCUAGGGCAAUGUCUUCCCGCCAUUGCCGACGAUACACCAUUUUGGUGGUAUGACCGCACAAAUACACUCUCAAGUCGACAAACGAUGGUACAUCUAUUUGAAUGGAAAUGGACUGAUAUAGCAAAUGAAUGCGAGAAUUUCCUGCAAAACUAUGGAUAUGGAGCAGUACAGAUUUCACCUCCAAUGGAACACAUAACGAUCAACCAAAACAAUGAUAUGCCUUGGUGGGUUCGUUACCAACCGGUGAGCUAUAAGCUUGACUCGAGAAGUGGAACUGAAGCUGAAUUACAAGAUAUGAUUAAUCGGUGCAAUAAAGUUGGAGUAAGAGUUGUUGUGGACGCAGUGAUGAAUCAUAUGGUCGGGGUGGGAGAACGACAAGGAGCUGAUGGAGUUGGUUCCACUGCCAAUUCAGCAUUUGAUGGAACAGAUGGAGUUGAGACAUUUCCUUCAGUACCCUAUGCUGCACCAAGCUUUAACGAUCAACGAUGUCAUCGGGACAUUCAGGACUCGGAUUAUCAAAAUAGUGCUGAAAAUGUGAGAAACUGUCGCCUGGUUGGACUGUUGGAUCUGGACCAAGGAAAUCAAGCUGUUCGAACCUCACUAGCUGGAUAUUUGAACAAAUUGAUCGACAUGGGCGUUGCCGGAUUCAGAUUUGAUGCCUCAAAACAUAUGUGGCCAGGAGAUCUGAUGCCAAUUCUAAACAUGACAAAGAAUCUUCGAUCUGAUAUUUUUGGUGCCAAUGUGAGACCGUUUGCUGUACAUGAAGUGAUUGAUCGAGGAGGAGAAGCUGUGACAUGUGGAGAUUAUUUGAAUAUUGGUCGAUACACAAAUUUCAACUUUGGAGCCGCCGUCUCGAAUGCCGCCAAGGGAUACGCCAACUGGCAGUCUUUAUCACAUCUUGGCCCCGGGUACAGCUACGGUAAUUACGAGGACCAUGAUGUCCUCAAUUUUAUUGAUAACCACGACAAUCAACGAGAUGAUAAUCCAUAUGUGGUAACAUACAAGAACGGAGAUCAAUAUCGAAUGGCUGUCGCUUUCAUGCUUGCCUGGUCAUAUGGAUAUCCACGAGUGAUGAGCAGUUUCUAUUUUAACGAUCACAAUCAAGGACCACCAAACAAUGGAGCUGGGAGUGGAUUUGCGACUCGUUCUCCAACUUUCAACCCUGAUCUGACAUGCAAUUCGGAUUCGGGUUGGGUCUGUGAACACCGAUGGCCGACAAUCAGACAAAUGAGCCUGUUUAGAUCGGUCUCGUCGGGCCGAGCUGCAGCCGAAGUGGUCACACAAAGUAAUCGAAUUGCUUUUGCCCGAGAGAGUGCUGCUUUCUUUGCCCUCAAUGGACAAUCGGGAGAUUGGACACAAACCUUCCAGACGACACUUCCACCCGGCGAAUACUGUGAUCAAUACAAUGGAGCUCUCGACAACAAUCAAUGCACAUCACUGAAAGUUUCCGUUGGAUUUGAUGGCAAAGCUGUGAUCACGAUAAAAGGAAAUCAAGUUGUCGCUGUUUCUCAGGCAUCGCGAGUAGACGGACCUCAUCCAACUGAUCCAACUCCAACCGGAUACACAAAAACGGUGAUUUUCUUGAAAAGAUCGACCAAUCCAGGUGAAGACCUCUUCAUUCGUGGAGGAGCAAACAAAGGAACCAACGGAAAAACGAAUACUUGCUCACCCGGUCCAUAUCAACAAUCAUCGGAUCAAUGUGCUACUCCGAUUGUUCACAACACGACUGUUCCAUUCUUUUUUACAGAAUAUCUCACAUGGAGUCAAUCGGACAAUUAUCUAGACUUUGAAGGAGCCGAGGAGAAACAAGGAACUCACGACGGGAUUGAGGCAUUCGGAACGCCUCUUGCCUAUUCAACAAACGAUCCAUCAGCCAUUGAAUAUCAACCAUACAAUCAAUAUGGCGCCGGUUAUUGGAUAGCCGAAUUACUCGUCGAUUGUUCUAAAUUAAACAACGGAUGGUUUGAAUUGAAGGGCUACCUCUCCCCAUCGGUUGGUUGGGAAAAUAACAUCAAUCAGGGUACAUGUGAUGGGGCUGUGGGUGGAAAAGCUCCAUACACUUCUAUCAAUCACAUUGCCAGAUGCGGUUUUGUCAACGUGUUCGAAUGGGGUAAAAAUGGGUGCACAAUCGAUAUGCUG